AUGUCUGCGCCCACCUCUGCCACGAGUGAGAUGCCCACGCGCAGCCUCACCAACCGAUCUGCCGACGACGAUGCCAUCCCAGGCGAGGACACUUCAGAGGUCACGAAGCUCUUUGCGGAGCGAUUGCAAGCUUGGAAGCACGCCGUCGCCUACCUCGAGGAUUAUGUCACAGCCACGGAGAAGACGAACCACGCGCACGGCAAGGAGUAUGAGCGCGUCUUGAAGACGGUCAAGGAUCCCCUGAAGGAGGGCCACCACUUCGAUCAGUCGCUCGGUGGUAUUGCGGGCAUGUUCGAGAACAUCAGAUCAAACACCCAGGGCAUCUCCAACCAACACUACGAGACCGCAAAGCAGCUCAAGGGCGCCGUCCUGCCCAUCUUCGACCGCCUCCACACCGAGAUCAAGAACAAGAGCAAGGAGCUCACUAAGGGAGCUGGCAAGGGCAGUAAGGCUGUCGACAAGGCUCGCCUGCACACCCAGAAGCAGAUUGAGCUCCUCGGCCAGCACACGGCAGUCUUCGACUCGCACAGCGGCAACAUGAAGGCCACCGACGACCCCUACAUCCUCCAGCGCGGCGUCAACCACCGCCUCCACAAGCAAGUCCAAGAGGAGAACAACAACCGCCAGGACUUGAUCAGCGUGCAGAACUCUUUCGCGCAGUUCGAAGCCCACAUCAUCCAGACGAUCCAGUCCGGCAUGGGCCAGUUCCUGCAAGUCGUCAACACGCAAGCCGAGCACACCAAAGCCGCAUACGGCGACAUGGUCGGCACAUCGCAGCGCAUCCCCCAAGACUUCGAAUGGAACGGCUUCAUCCAGCGCAACAACACCGUCCUGAUCGACCCCGCCGCUCCCGCCCGCACCCUCUCCGACAUCAGCUUCCCCAACCAAAACCACCGCGCAACCCAGCCCCUCAUCUCGGGCUCGCUCGAAAAGAAGGGCAAGAUCAUGCGCUCCUACGACACAAACUACUACGUCGUAACGCCCUCCAAGUUCCUCCACGAGUUCAAGACAGACGACGACUUUGCUAAGGACCCAGUCCCUGAACUGUCGCUCUAUAUUCCGGAUUGUAUGAUUGGUGCGGUCAAUGGACAGAAGUUUAAUGUCAAGGGCAAGGAUGUGUCAAAGGGAAAGAUCGGCGGUGCGUUCUCCAUGACACACGAAUUCGCGUUCAAGGCACACACACCGCAGGCUGCGGAGCAGUGGUGGCAGGUCAUUAGCGGCGCAGCGGGUAAGGUCACAAACGACGUUCCCACCAGCCCUGUUUCUGGCGAUACCAGUCCGCAGAACAUGUAUCCCGAGGAGAAGGCGCAGCCUGCUCCUAUCCAAACCACGGGUCUGGAGGGCGCGGGUACGAACUCGACUGACCAUGCUGUCACGGGUGGUACUAGUGCGCCUGCUUCUGCGGUGCCGGGUAGUGCGACGACGGCACCGGGGAGUGCUGUCCCUGGCGAGCCCGGGAAAUACUAG